UGCCUUUUCGCUUUGUCGUUCCCCUCCUCCUACGACAAUAACGACGAUCACAUCCCACGUUGUUUAUACUCCCCCCUAGUGCUCUUCCCCCACCCAUCCCAAACCCUAACCCUUGGGUCGCCGCCGCCAUGUCGUUCUUCUUCAAGGUGUCGAAGCCCCGAGCGUCUCCUCCCGAGCUCGCCAGGUCUCCUCCCGAGCUCGCCAGGGCCAUCAAGGAGAGCCUCCUCGCCCUCGACACGAAGACCGUCGCCAAGGCACUUGAAGAAGUCGAAAAAAAUAUUGUUUCAUUGAGACAGAUACUUUCUGGAGAUGGAGAAUCUGAACCAAGUCAAGAACAGAUUCAGCAAUUAGCUCUUGAAAUUUGCAAGGAGGAUGUUCUCUCCCUCUUUGUCCAAAAGUUACCCACGUUGGGUUGGGAAGCUAGAAAAGAUCUAGUUCACUCCUGGUGCAUCUUGUUAAGACAGCAGGUUAACUCUAGUUAUUGCUGCGUGGAGUACAUUGAGAAUCACUUGGAUCUUUUGGAUUUCCUUGUUGUUUGCUACAAUAACAAGGAAAUUGCGUUGAACUGUGGCAAUAUGUUGAGAGAAUGCAUCAAAUAUCCAACACUGGCAAAAUAUAUACUGGAGUCCACCAGUUUUGAGUUGUUCUUCAAGUAUGUUGAAUUGCCAAACUUCGAUAUUGCUUCUGAUGCUCUAGCCACGUUCAAGGAUUUGCUUACUAAGCAUGAAACUGAAGUAUCUGAGUUCUUGAGCACCCAUUACGAACAGUUCUUUGAACUCUAUGAAAAGCUAUUGAUUUCUGCUAAUUAUGUAACAAGAAGGCAAUCAGUGAAGUUUCUUUCGGAGUUUCUUUUGGAACCACCAAAUUCACAAAUAAUGAAGCGCUACAUUUUGGAAGUUCGCUACUUGAGAAUUAUGAUGGCACUGCUGAAGGAUUCAAGCAAAAAUAUCCAGAUUUGUGCUUUCCAUGUUUUUAAGGUAUUUGUUGCCAAUCCAAAUAAGCCACGUGAAAUUAUCGAGGUAUUGAUAGACAAUCAUGAAGAGUUGUUGAAGCUACUACACAAUCUUCCCACAAGCAAAGGUGAAGAUGAGCAAUUUGAAGAAGAGAGAGAUUUGAUUAUAAAGGAAAUUGAAAGACUCGCACAUCGAUCAAAGGCCGCAGCUUAGACUUCCUCUGAUGUAUCUCCACUAUAAUGAUCUGACGAUCUCUUCUCGGCUGCUACGGAUUCCGUGCUUUUGAUUUCUAAAACAUUUACAUACUAUGAAGCUUGUAUAGAUAAGUGGAUUGUUAAAGAUUAUUAUUUUAAUUUGUGUAUGAAACUCAUAUAGAGGUGUUUUGAGUGGAGCCUGCUGUUGUGUUGUGUGCUUAUCAACAGGAAGUAAAAAAGAAAAUAAAAUAAUAAUUUAUUUCAUGCAUCAAA